GAUAAACCUAACUGCUUGUGUCCCGACCACUUCUCUCCAAUUGAUCCGGAUGAUAUCAUCAACCAGGGCUGCAAGCCAAACUUUGAAGAACCAAGUUGUGACCAGUACGACCCUGCUGAUUAUGAGCUGGUGGAGAUGCACAAUGCCAACUGGCCGAACGGGGAUUACGAGAAAUUGUCGCCGAUGGAUGUAGAUGGAUGCAGACAAGCUUGCAUGAAUGACUGUAGGUGCUUGGUUGCAGUGUUUGGGUUUGGAGAUUGCUGGAAGAAGAAGAUGCCACUGUCCAAUGGAAGGGUGGAUCCGAGCACUGGAGGGUUGGUUAUCUUCAAAGUAAGUAAGUCUAGUUACUUGAAUGCUUCAAGGAAUUCUUCUACAGACAACGGAAAUGACAAUAAAACCAGGGCAAUCAUUUCUCUAUCGGCCAUUCUUGGCGGCUCAGUGCUCAUAAACUUCAUAGCAAUUACGUCUACAAUUCUGCUCCUGUUAUCCAAACGCAGAAAAUUAACCGAAACUAAAACGGAGUCCAUUGCAGCGAAAUCAAACCUUCAGGUCUUCAGUUAUGCUGCUUUGGAGAAGGCCACAGAGAAAUUCAAGGACGAAGUGGGUAAAGGUUCAUUUGGUUCAGUAUACAAAGGGGUACUCGUGUCACAGGGAGGAAUAACAGUCGCAGUGAAGAAGCUGAAUGGGAUGGCGCAGCAGGGUGAGAAGGAAUUCAUAGCAGAGUUGACUGUGAUCGGCCGAACCCAUCACAAGAAUCUCGUUCAACUGAUUGGAUUUUGCGACGAGGGGUCUCAUCGGCUUCUGGUUUAUGAGUUCAUGAGCAAUGGAACCCUGGCAAGCUAUCUGUUUCAGAUAGAAAAGCCAAGGUGGGAAAAAAGAGUUCAGAUGGCUUAUGGUGUUGCCAGAGGACUAUCAUAUCUGCACGACGAAUGUAGCAACCAGAUCAUCCAUUGUGACAUAAAGCCUCAGAACAUACUGCUUGAUGAUUAUUUAACUGCAAGGAUAUCUGAUUUUGGAUUAGCGAAACUUCUGAUGACUGAGCAAACCAGAACGAAAACAAGUAUAAGAGGGACGAAGGGCUAUGUUGCGCCGGAGUGGUUCAAGGACAAGGCGAUAACAUCGAAGGUGGAUGUAUAUAGUUUCGGUGUUGUGUUAUUGGAGAUCAUUUGCUGCAGGAAGAAUGUUGAGAAAGAUUUUGUGGAUGAUGAGAGGAUAAUACUGACAGAUUGGGCUUAUGAAUGCUACACUAAAAGUAAGCUGGAAGAGUUGGUGCAAUAUGAUGAAGACGCCAUUACUGACCAUCGAAGGCUGGAGAGAUUUGUGGCAGUUGCAAUUUGGUGUAUUCAGGAAGAGCCAUCAAUGAGGCCUUCGAUGAAGAAGGUGACGCAGAUGCUGGAAGGUGCAGUUGCGGUGCCGCUUCCGCCGGAUCCAUCCUCUUUCAUCAGCUCAAUCAAUUGAGGCUCCUGGAUAUUUGAUUUUCUUAGUAUUGUUUCAAUAGUGUUUUUUU